CGAUCUGCUUUCUGAAGCUUUCAACUUCCACACCCAAAGAAUAAUAAUAAUGAGUGAUCUGCUGCUUUCUUCUCUCAUAUUCUUAACUCUCAUUGUAACGGUGAGAAUAUUGUCCAAGACCCCCUCCAAGUUUGUGAAGAAUCAGGCCAGAAUGGUCUUCUUGGUGCAAUUUGUUAGGAUCAUGGACAAGGCUAGGGCUAGGAACUACGUUUUUGAUUUACUUCUCAUAGGGUUUUUCCUAGUCCUUUUUCAUAUGACACAAAGACUAUACCGGUAUAUCAAAAUCCUUAAACAAGAGUACUUUCUUUUUCUUGAGAAAAAAGACAUCCAAUUGCAGUUGUGGCACUCAAGACUCAAACAGCUUGAGUAUGAAGUCAAGAUUGAAACCAAAGACCUUAAUGCUGCAGAAGACAACAUUCUUUCUCUAAAGAAACAAUUUGUAGAGUUUUGUCUCGAGUAUGAUCGGGUACUUGCAGAAAACUACACUUUAAGGAACCGGUUGCAGUCAUCGGAUAUGAGACUACAGCUUGAAAAUGAGUACGAGAGAAGGACAAAAGACGCUGUUAAUGCUGCAGAAGCGGAAAGGAUUGCUCGAAGUGAAGGUUUUCUUCUCGAAUGUAAUCGUUUAAUUAAGGAAAACAAAAUGUUAAGAAAUCAAGUGAUGUCCUUGAACUGGAGAUUGUCACAUUUAGCUAGCAAGAGGAAAUCAUGUAAUUCUUUGUCUUAACUAAUGGAAUUGAAAA